CCCCCCCGGUCCGCAGUGAGCCGCCAUGGAGGAGAGUGCAGCGACGGCGGGAUGCGAUGGCGGCAAGGCCGGCUGGAGGUCGCUGCUCAAACACUCCUGCCUGCUGUGCUGGACCACGGCCAGGGAGGCGGAGGUGGCGGCGCAGGUGGCGCAGGUGGAGGCGGAGGUGAUGGCGGCGGCGGCGGACCGGCGUGUCGUCGGCAAGGCGGCGGAGAUCACAGUAAGAAGACCCAGGCACCUUGCGCUGGAGCUGGAGAACGCCGUCGCCGUGGACAACCUGGCGCUUCAGGAGCAGCAGUCGGACCGCCGGGAGUUGGAGGAGACCUUGCUGGAGUUGGAGAAACACAAAGAAAAACUCCGACAGCAGAUCAAAUCCAUCCGACAGCUUUGCUAUGAGGAGAGUCAGCAGAUCUUGUCCCUGCAGGCGGAGGAGGUGAGCCGGGAGAGUCAGGUGGAGGAGUACCAGCGAGAACUGGCCAUAGCCAGGUGGCGCCUGAAAAAACUGAAGGAGCAGGUGAAAGCAGCCAAGAGGAGGACUGAGGAGGCCGGGUCCAGGACCAGUCCUCUGCAGGACUCCAUCAGACAGUCCUACCAGGAAAUCCUGGAGGAGGAGAACACUCUGUGCUCGUUGUCAGGCGGCGCCGUGACCCCAGAGAGCCAAUUAGAUGGCUCCACGUCGCCCGCCGACACCACCGAGGACGAAGCGCUUCCCAUGCGGCCGUGGGGGCGGAGCCAAUCGCUGCCUGCGUACGCCGACCUCAUCAUGGUGGCCAACAGCGCCCCCUUCUGCAACAACCUGGCUGACACCAGGGAAGAAGUGGACAACAGUGGCAGCAGCUCCCCUAAGAUGGACGAGUCCAACCCAGAGGACGUGAAUCCUGGACAGGACGAGUCCGUGGUCAACCAACUGGACUUCUACCAAGCCGACCCCUUUGGCCACUGCCAGAUAGAACACGACAUGUUCAACGAAGACCUGUUCCCAAAAACCGACUUGUCGGAUGGAUUUACGUCGGAUCCUUUCAAAGGGAGCGAUCCCUUUGCGGCGGACUUUUUGUUCCCGGAGGCGGACGGUGCCGGUGCCGGUGCCGGAUCCGGCGAGGUCUGCGACGAGGCCGACGCCAGUCUGUCCUGCGCCGAGAACAAGGCGUCCACCGGGACGCAGUGCUUCGAGUCGGAGUUCCCCGACGAAGACAGCGACAUCGAGGUCAGCUACAGUCAAGAAGACCCAGGCGAGGUCCCGGAGGAGGCGGACUGCGCCCUGGGAUUCAAGCCCAUCCAGAGUUCUUCGGAGGAGCUGGGCCCCGAGCCGGUCCGGGGCUGGCGCCAGCAGGGUCAGUUCUCCGUGGAGUCCGACCCCAACGGCUACGAACUGGACCUCAACAUCUCCCCACCCUCCGAUGUGGAGGAGCACAGUCCCGGGUCUCUGGGUGGAGACCCUGCCGAGGAGACCUCGGUCCACCUGAGACAAGCAGCGAACCUGGACACCCAGCUGAGGGACCAGGCCACCUUAGACCUGGACAAAAACCAGUCCCCGAAUGGCGAUCCCGUAGACGCGACGGACUGGACGGACAGCAUCAAAGACCCGCCGACGCCUCAAAACUCCAGUGACCUCCACUCCGAACCUGAGUCCGGGUUGGUCUUUGAAAUGGACUAUGGACUAACAAGUCAGUCUUCCUUUGAUCCGUAUGGAUUCAAACUCAGUCCAGAGCAUUCCAGUCACACCCUCGUAGACCCCAAUGAAGCGGAGCUAAGCCCGGUAGCCAGUGAUCAAGAUCUGUCUUUUGAUCCAGAGACCUACUCUCCUCAAGAAGACCCUCUGAACUUGUAUUCCUACGAGAUGGUCCAGGACUCCGACCCCUACGGCUUCAAGCUGAGCCCGGAGGAGGAGAAUCAAGAGGUGCCGGAAGACCUGGACCUCAGAAGAUUUGAGGACAAGGAAGAAGAACAAGAAACCUUUAACUAUAGCAACCAAGAGGUACUGGACUGCGGACCCCUCGAGAACCAAGAAGUUCUUGACCACUGUAGCAACAAUAACCAAGAACUGCUUCAGAUUAGUAAUCGAAGCCAAGAAGGGCGGGUCGCUGUUGAGUUUGCAAGCAAGGAAAAUGAAGAGCUCCUGAGUCUCUGUAGUCCUGAAAACCAAGAAGUGGUUGAACACUUUCGGAGUGGCAAAGAACUGGAGCCAAUUGGAAACGAUAACCUGGGAUCGCUGGAAUCUUGUAGCCACGGUCAGGUGGAGCUUCUCGACCUCUCUUUCCCGGAGAACCAGGAAGUGUUGGAUUUCGAUGGCUGUAUCAAUCAGGAAGUACUAGGAAAUCAGGAAGUCUUAGGUAGCCAUGAAAACUGGGACACCUUGAACCCAGAGAACUGUGAAAACAGGGAAAUGAUCCAUUUUCAUAGCCACGACAACCGGGAGUUGCUGGACUCUGUAAAAGAUGAGGUUCUGGCUGAAACCAACAACAAUCAGCGUGUCCUGGAACCAGAGCCUGAAGUCAGUCCCGCCAAUACCAGCUCAGACAGUGACGUAGCACCAGAAGACCUGCUCGGACUACAACUCAACAGCAACAUGUCCACCAACAAGGCUGGGAGUUUGCUGGAAGGCGACCUCGGUUCUGUAUUCCGGUCUGGGGGAUACAUAGGCUGCCCUGAUGUAGCCGAUGACCUAGAACCUCUGAACCGCAGACAGGUCAGCGCUGUUGCAGAGCCGGUUCGGCCGGUCAGACCUCCUCGGCCUUCACUCCGGGCCAAGGGCAAGUGUGAGUCUCCAACUCAGGGAAUCGACCUAAAGUGAUCCAUCCGUAGUCAACUGUGGGAAUCCUUUCAAAAUAAUGGCACGGAGGAAGAAGAGGAGUAAUAUAAAAGAACGAACGGAUGUUUAUUGCAAUAACUGUCGUCGAACUGGGACAGUUUCAGACUGAUUCUGACCCCGGACACUACAUACUUUGCUUUCUCAUGUCCUAAACAGGACUCAUCGGUCGGAAUCGGCUUUUAUUUUGACAGUCCAACCGGUUUCUUCCGCAAAUAUUCUAGAAGACUAUCUCCAGAUGUCAGUUGUGUCUUAACACUUAGUGGUUAGGGACUUGGUGGUUUUAGUAUCAACCAUUUUAGAACACAGGGAUUAGAGGUGACCUCGCAUCCAAGUAGACCUGAUUACUUCAUGCUCAUAGAUUUAGACUGGUCACAUCUAGUGUUAGACUUAGAUUGGUCAGAUCUAGUCUUGGAUUUAGAUUGGUCACAUCUGAUCUUAGACUUAGAUUGGUCACAUCUAGUCUUGAAGUUACAGUAGAUUGGUCAGCUCUAAUCUUAGACUUAGAUUGGUCACAUCUAGUCUUUGACUUAUAUUGGUCACGUCUAGUCUUAGACUUAGAUUGGUCACAUAUAGUCUUGGGCUUAGAUUGGUCACAUCUAGUCCCAGACUUUGACUGGUCAUAUCUAGUUUUAGACUUGGAUUGGUCACAUCUAGUCUUGGACUAAGAAUGGUAACAUCUAGUCUUGGACCUAGAUUGGUUACAUCUAGUCUUAGACUUAGAUUGGUCAGAUCUAGUCUUGGAUUUAGAUUGGUCACAUCUGAUCUUAGACUUAGAUUGGUCACAUCUAGUCUUG